AUGGUCUAUUUUGCUGAUACUUAUGCAACAACAGCAAAUGUUCGAUUCGAUACAGAAGAGGAAGAGGAGAUUGAGUAUCACUCGGAUUGGAAUAGUUUGCAAGAUUCUCUGGAUUCCCAUAAACCGAAUACAUCACUUGGUUAUGGAGAUAGCACUACUGGAAGUAACUUAUACAAGGUGUUGAAGAAGUUUCUUAAUAAUGGGAAGGUUUCAAUAUGUGGAGCCCAAGUGUAUAUUGCAGUAAAACGGUAUCCCGAUGAGUCUGAUGUAUCGGACAUCAUUUCUCAACUACGAGCCAAUCAUGUAUUUGUGUACAUUGUUGUAGACAGUAUCCCAUCGGGUGGUUCCAAUUCUGCAACACUAUAUGAAAUGUCAUAUCAAACCAAUGGAUACUGUGUGUUCGCUUCCGGCAGUGAUCUUUCAAAUGCUUUUGACUGGAUGACCUAUGGAAUUCCCUGGCCUUACCAAUUCCUUGCUCAAAACUAUGUGGUUUCGGGAUCGGGUCGAAUUGAAAUACCAGCAUUCAAAACUCCUGUACCAUCGGACCGUGCAAAUAAUUGUUUAUUUGUAAUAACUGUACAAAACCACACUCUUGACAAUUCAUUCGUCUCGAUGAAUUAUACGGUUGCGAGUACUGAUGGGUCUUAUUCUCAAAAAUUUCCAAGUGACGACGCCCCACCUCUCUAUGGAACUUCACAAUCAGAAUGGUUUUAUGUGAAAAACGGAUCCUUCUCCUACGAAUGGACAAUUGACUAUCAUUAUAACACUGAUGAACCUCAAAUCAUUGAAUGCAGACUCUACAGUGAAUAUUAUCACGACUUUCUUCCACUCCCAGAUUUCUAA